CGCCGACCAACCCACAAUGACGAUGUCUAGCCCCAAAACAAUAAUCAAGCUAAUGAUGCUGCUGAUCGGGAUCACAUUGCGUACGUCUCUUGGACAAAUAAACAUUCUCACAUCAGAUCUGUCUUCCACCGUAAUAAGUACAGUUGCGCGUAGAUCUGAAACAAGUGAAAUGGGAACAUGGAAUGAAACGAAUUGGGAAACGAUUACGUUGCGCAAUCAAAAUGCCGAUCCCAUACAUUUUCUUGGCAGUACAAGCAGCAGUACUAGCAGUAGCAGUAGCAGUAGCAAUAGUAAUUCCGCUAAUAGCUACAGCAAUAAUAAUGUUAUAGAAUCGGCAAUAUUAAUGCCCGAUGCGAAUAACAAUUGUCAAUCGGGUUAUUUUCAUUGCAAUGGCACGGCCCAGUGUGUUCAACAGCGAGCCAAUUGUGAUGGCGAAGUGGAUUGUGAUGAUGGCUCCGACGAAUGGAAUUGUGAUAAUGAAGUGGAUGCAAAAUAUUGGGAUCAUUUGUAUCGCAAGCAGCCCUUUGGACGACAUGAUGACAUACCAAUUGGCAAAUGCUUCUGGCCAAAUGAGAAUCUCAGUUGCCCUUGUCGCGGUGAUGAGAUACUUUGCCGAUUUCAACAAUUAAAUGCAUUGCCUAAUAAUUUGCCAGUUAACAAUCUGGCAACGCUCGAUCUCACUGGCAAUAACUUUGAUAUCAUACAUGAAACCUUCUUUGCCAGCCUGCCAAGUGUGGAGAGUCUUGUGUUAAAGUUUUGCACAAUUCGUGAGAUUGCCUCGCAUGCAUUCGAUCGCCUGGCAUCCAUUCCACUGAAGACUCUCUAUAUGGAUGAUAAUAAAUUGUCCGAACUGCCGGAAUAUUUUUUUACCAAAGGCAAUCAAUUGAGAAUUCUCAUUUUGGCCAGAAAUCAUUUGCAACAGUUGAAUCGCAGCAAUUUCGAGAAUCUGCAAGGCCUACAGGAAUUAGAUCUGCGUGGCAAUCGUAUAAGUCAUUUUACGGCCAAUAUAUUUGCAAAUUUACCAAGUCUAGAAGUACUACAUUUAAAUGAAAAUCGUCUGCAAUUGCUAUAUCCAGAAAUGUUUCCAAAUACUUUAAGCAAUUUGCAUACCUUAUCCUUGGCUCAUAAUCAAAUAAAAGAUAUUGCCCGAGAGACAUUUCCCUUUCCACGUUUGCGUUACUUAUUUCUAGCUGGCAAUCAAUUGACCCAUAUACGUGCGGCAACAUUUUGUAAUCUGACUUCCCUACAAGGAUUGCACUUGGAUGAGAAUCAAAUCGAAAAAUUCGACCUACAUGCCUUCGAUUGUUUGAUAAAUUUAACUUCAUUGCUCUUAACGGGCAAUCGCUUUCAGACGCUCGAUCCGCAGGUCCUAAAGAGGCUAGAGAAGCUGCAAUAUAUUUAUUUUUCACGAUUCCAUUUGUGUCGUGCUGCAGAAAAUGUGAGAGUCUGUGAUCCCCAUGGCGAUGGCAUAAGCAGCAUACAGCAUCUUUUGGACAAUCAAAUACUGCGCGGCAGUGUUUGGGUAAUGGCCUCCAUUGCUGUAGUUGGCAAUCUUUUGGUCCUGUUGGGACGUUAUUUUUACAAAUCGCGUAGCAACGUGGAACAUUCACUGUACCUGCGUCAUCUUGCCGCCAGUGACCUGUUAAUGGGCAUCUAUUUAACAUUGAUUGCCUGUGCGGACAUAAAUUUCCGCGGCCAGUACAUUCGGCACGAAGAGUCCUGGCGACAUAGUGGUCUCUGCGCCUUUGCUGGGUUUUUAAGCACCUUUAGCUGUCAAUCGUCGACAUUGCUGUUGACCUUGGUAACGUGGGAUCGUUUAAUGUCGGUGACAAGACCCCUAAAGCCCAGGGACACUGAAAAGCUACGAAUUGUUUUACGUCUCUUGGUACUGUGGGGCAUCAGUUUCAUCCUGGCUGCAGCUCCUCUGUUGCCCAAUGCAUAUUUUGGUACACAUUUCUAUGGCAAUAAUGGCGUCUGUCUCUCGUUGCAUAUACACGAUCCUUAUGCCAAGGGCUGGGAGUAUUCAGCUUUGCUAUUCAUCUGCAUCAAUACGAUCUCGUUGAUAUUCAUUUUAUUCUCCUACAUACGAAUGCUUCAGGCUAUAAGAGAUUCAGGAGGUGGCAUGCGUAGUACGCAUAGUGGACGGGAGAAUGUAGUGGCCACACGAUUUGCCAUUAUUGUGACCACAGAUUGUGCCUGCUGGUUACCCAUUAUCGUUGUCAAACUGGCGGCUUUAUUAGGUUGUGAAAUCUCUCAGGAUUUAUAUGCCUGGUUAGCCGUUUUAGUUUUACCCGUUAAUUCGGCCCUGAAUCCCAUUUUAUAUACCCUAACAACGGCUGCUUUUAAGCAGCAAUUGCGUCGCUAUUGCCACACGCUGCCAAGCUGCUCGCUGGUUAAUAACGAGACUCGCUCUCAAACCCAAACAGCCUACGAAUCAGGCUUAAGUGUCAGCCUGGCCCAUUUGGGUGGCGGUAUUGGCGGCGGUUCCGGACGUAAACGUAUGUCCCAUCGACACAUAAGCUACUUGUAAACGCUCCAGAGACUUCACAAGACUUUGCCACAGCAGACAUAAAGUGGCGAUUAAUACGGAAUUCAGAGAUUGAUCAUUAAGUAAACUGAAUUGAACUAACUAAUUAACUAGUUAAACUAUUUGAAAUUGAUUAGAUAGAAACAAUUGGAGACAAUUAAAGAUCAGUUAUUGAUAAAACAACGUUAUUAGUGUAAAAACUUU